AUGGAACCCUGGCCUGCGGUGGCCUGGGUCCUACUGCUGACCAUCAUCUCUGAUUUACUGAAAACCGCCCGACCGAGGGACUUCACAGAACAAGACAUUAUCUACCUCCAUCCCUCCACCACUCCGUUCCCCGGCGGAUUCAAGUGUUUCACCUGUGAAGAUGCAUCAGAUAACUACGAGUGCAACCGCUGGGCACCAGACAUGUACUGCCCGCGAGAGGCCAGAUAUUGCUUCACGCGGCACAUGAUAGAUGCGGGGGGCGACAGUGUCUCGGUGACAAAACGCUGUGUGGCGUUGGAGGAUUGUCUUUCCACAGGAUGCACUGGAAUGGAUCAUGAAGGAAACAAGGUGUGUACGGCCUGCUGUGAGGGGAACAUCUGUAACCUGCCGCUGCCUUGGAACGAGACGGAGGCCAUCUUUGCCACCACCUCGCCUCUCAGCGGCACAAUAGGACUUUCAGAGAGCUAUGCACUGACAGUCUGUCUUCUCCCGCUCGCUGUGCUCAUCUCAAGCUACGCUUGA